AGGAUAACGGCUCGCUGCCGUUUCCAAUUAUCCAAGCGAGUAAAGUGUUGUGACACCAGAAGUGCAGAUCAGUGGUUAAAAUAUUUCUCCUUCCAGUUUGCGCUUUGGACUUCAUUCGUCAGCCCCUGGAUACAGUUUGGCUUUCCAGUGUAUUUUGCCCGCGUUGAAAUGGAUUUCAUACAGUAGAUCGCGCCCUAACGAACCGGGUGCAUUUCGCUUUGGACGAUGCUGGCUCAGUGCUUCGGCGCCGUCGGCGUUGGCGCUGUCUGUCGCCUCCUGCCAAGCCUGGGCUGCGGACAUCGUUUAAGCAUAGCUUGUCUUCUCAAUCAUGGCUUGUCAUUUUGCCGCGCUAACCGGCAAACAGCACGCACGUUCACAGCUGAAGCGUUGGCCGUUGACAGUCCAUCGAAUUGGAGGCCUUGUUAUCGUGCUGUUCUUGUAGACGCAGCAGGAACGUUCCUGGUUCCCUCGGAACCUGUUUCGGCUGUUUAUCUUCGUUACGCGAGACCGUAUGGCUGCCAUUUAAAUGACGAGGAGGUGCUUGCGCGAUUUCGUAGGGCUUACAACAUGCCUUGGCCGCACAGCCCGCUCCGAUAUGUGGAUGAUGCACGACCUUUUUGGCGCCGUAUUGUGGAGCACUCGACAGGCUGCGAUGUGCCGGAGGUAUCGGAGGCGAUAUACCAGUACUAUGCGCGCGCAGAGGCGUGGCAUGUGGUGCCAGGCGCUGUGGAGGCUCUCCAGCGGCUCAAAUCUGCGGGGGUGCUGCUGGCGGUGGUGUCCAAUUUUGACACCCGGCUUAGGCCACUGCUGCGGGACCUAAAGGUCGAUUACCUAUUCAAUGCAGUCAUCGUAUCUGCGGAGGUUCGCGCGGAGAAACCCAACCCCGUCAUCUUUGACGCCGCGGUCGUGCACGUGGGGGACGACCGGCGCAACGACUGCUGGGGCGCACGUGACGCGGGCAUCACGGCAUGGUUGUGGGGCUACGACGUACGUAGCUGGGCGGAGGUGGCGGACCGGGUGCUCUUGGGAAGCCAGGUGAGGAAGGGGGCGGGCUGGAUAUGUGGGGUAUGCGCACGUGGUGGGAGCCUAGGUGGGGAGCUGCAGUAG